UUUCUGGAAGGGAUUGGAUUUGAUUUGAUAAAUGGAAAUUUCUCACUCAAAUUAAAGAUUUUCCUACCUUCGCCACCAGAUCCAUCAAGUCCGGGUGGUUGUGCUCACUGGCCAGAUGGAAGACCUGUAAAACCACCUCCAUGGGCCAUUCCUGAAACAUGAGGUCACCACACAUAUCGAUGGUGACGGCGUUGCAGACCUCAUACGUGUAGAUAUAGAGGAGCAGGGCUUCGUAGGCGGUAGGUGAGGCGUCCUCCACGCUGAUCACUGCCUUGUUCUUCUGAAACUCGGGAUCCCUGAUCAGUCGCUCGAAUUCCUCGGAGGCGGAGACCAGCAUCACCUGGUGGCACUUGAAGAUCCGCUGGCAGCGCUUGCCCUUACCCGCCUUAUCCGGAUACCAGACAUGCAGCUCACAGUCAGACUUUUGGCCAUUGCGUAGCAGAUCCAGACGACGUAGUUUGCAGUUCAUAGUGACUGGGGAUUUUUUGGGAGCUGUCUCUAGACUUACAUAGUACACAAUUUGGAAUACAAAAUUGGGGUUUCCCUGGCAGGAAUGUCAGACUCUGGGGAAGAGGGCCCCGGCGCAAAACGCCAGGGAAGCACCAGGAACAAGAGUUCUCCGGUGAGCAUCGACUGGGAAGAUGAGGAGGAAGCGGUGGCGAGGGACACGGUUGAGGAUUUGGUGACCAACUCUUCGGGAAAAGGGAGCACCUUGAAGGAGAGAGACACGGUUCAGGACUCAGUGGACCAUUCUACGGGAAAAGGAAGCACGGUUACUCCAAGAAGCACGGUCCAGGAUUCGGUUACCCUUUCCUCAGGAAAAAGUAGCACCUCAAAAGAGAGGGACACUGUUCAGGAUUCGGUGGCCCUUUCGGCAGGAAAAAGUAGCACCUCAAAAGAGAGGGACACUGUUCAGGACUCGGUGAACUAUUCUUCGGUAAAAAGUAGCACCUCAAAAGAGAGGGACACUGUUCAGGAUUCGGUGACCCUUUCGUCAGGAAAAAGUAGCACCUCAAAAGAGAGGGACACUGUACAGAAUUCGGUUGACAAUUCUUCGGGAAAAGGUAGCACCUCAAAGGAGAGGUCCACGGUUCAGGAUUCGGUGGGUCGUUCUUCCGGAAAAUCGGGUACCGUGAGAAGUACGGUCCAGGAUUCGGUGGACUAUUUCGGGGGAAAAGGGAACGCAGUGACACCGAGAAACACGGUCCAGGAUUCAAUUAACUAUUCUCCAGAAGUUAGGAGCGCAGUGACGCCAAGAAACACGGCCCAGGAUUCAAUCAAUUAUUCUCCAAGAAAGGGAAGCAUACUAAAGGUACCCGAGGAUGAGGACGUUCCAGUGUCCGAGGACAGCAGUCCCGAGCGACAAAGCUUGGGAGACGAGUUGCCUGGUCCCCGAACCACCAUUGCAUCCAAUGUGGAAUCGGGGACAGCAUCGGAUGAUUCUGGAGCCGCCAGCAGACAACCCAGCCAGGAUGAAGACAUUCGCUCCACGAGCAAGAGCCGCCGUUUGGAAUACUUUCGCAGUGGGGCCGACGCCGAUUGCCAGGUGCAUGUCCUGAGCACCUGCCCCGCAUCCAAUGAUCCGGUGGCCAGUGUGUGCUACAAAAAGUUCGGCUGCCACCGGAUAUUUCUGGCAACCGCCUCCGACAAACUGGAACAGGAUGUGUACCAGAAUAAACAGUGGAAUGGAGUACUGCAGAUCAAUGGGGUUUCCCCCGAGAGCGUGGAGAUUUUCCUGGAGUUCAUAUACACCUUUGAGGUGACCUCGCCGCUGGUUCAACUGAAUCUGGUGGGGGAUAUAUUCAUCCUGUCCUGCGCCUACAACAUGCCGGAACUCCUGCGAUCCUUUUCCGAGAAGCUGAAGCAGCAAGAAUGGCCUCUGGAUGGCAUCUUUCCUGCUUUCGACCUGGCUUUCCGACACAACCUCACCGAUCUGGAAAGGAUUUGCAUGGAGAAAAUUUUGGAGAAAGGAGAGAUUUUGACCAGGGAACGUAGUCUCAUGGAUCUACAAAUUUACACCUUGAACUAUGUGAUCCAGCACUGGUUGGUGGCGGAAUUGGUGUCCCAGGAUGAUCUCAUCAACAUAUUAAAGCGGUACCAGGAGAUCAACGAGAUCACCUUCGCCAACACCCAGAAAUUCCCCCAUUUUACCAAGAUAAUCAAGUACUUCCCCACUGUCCUCUUGGAUGCCGAGGGGUUUAUUAACCAAUAUUAGGAAAAAGGUUUGGCUUCUCCAUAAGGUCAUAAAUUAUUCUGAGAGAUAUACUUCAAUAAAAAUCCCUGUAGUUCCAAA